GUUGGAAAGACAAGCCUUACGUGAAGCAGAUGAAGAAGUAGUUACUGAUGUUUAUCUUACAAACAUGAUUUCUGAAGAAGAACGAGAAGAGUUAAAAGCUGAACUUGACAAGCUAGAGGAUGAAAUUGCAACUUUGCGUCAAGUGUUAGCUGCUAAAGAGAAGCAUCUUGUAGAAAUAAAACAAAAGCUGGGGAUCAACCUGAUGAAUGAACUGAAACAGAACUUCAGCAAGAGCUGGCAUGAUGUGCAAACUACUACUGCAUAUAAGAAGACACAGGAGACUCUGAGUCAAGCAGGGCAAAAGGCCACAGCAGCUAUCAGUAAUGUUGGAACAGUCAUCAGUAAGAAGUUUGGAGAUAUGAGGUCAUAUUCACUUGGUUACUCUAUCCGCCAUUCCAUAAGUAUGCCUGCUAUGAGGAAUUCACCUACAUUCAAAUCCUUUGAGGAGAAGGUUGAGACAACUGUCACAAGCCUUAAGACAAAGGUUGGAGGGACAAUCCAUAGUGGAGGAUGUUUUGAAGACGUUCUUAGUUCUGCUGCCCAUGCCAGUGCUGAGAGUUCUGUUGUGAGCGCUCGUCUCCCAGAAACAGAAGAGGAACUCCAGUGCUAGACUGCAGGAGAGCCUGCCUUUCCUCAUUCCACUACCUAGAGCCUAUUCACACAUUAAACUCUUGUUUAUUUCUCCACAAGACUGCAUGUGUAGGUGUAUGAUGACAGAGCACAGCCUUCUCCAACUUGGUGUUCUCUAAAAGUAUCUGGUUAAAAGUCUCAUCAUCCUUAGACAGUAUAGCCAUCCCAAUAGAUCUGCAGAGCACCAGGUUGUAGAGAGCUGAUACAGACAAAUUGAAGUAGGCAGUACUUGGAGAUGCCUGCAAAUGACUCUUGUGACUGAGGAAAAUAGAAAACUGUAGUUAUUACAGAAAUUGGUGCUUGCUGUCUCUACUUACUAUUCAGUUUAGAAUUCUCCUUUGUAAUAUGGUCACUUGCCUACAUACAUGAUUCCAUGGAGGAUUAAGUUGGGUCUUAUAAGGGAGGAAAAGCUCAAGGCCUCACUUCACACAGCUUUUUUCAGGACAAGACUUUUGAAAAUGGUUUCCACCUGUGUUGCAGAAAUUGGUUCAUAGGUGUAUAUUGAAUUUUUCUGAGUAAUCAGUUUAAAUACUUCAUUGUCAAAACAUAUGGUUUCUUUUCAAAUAAGUGACCAGGUAGUUUUUGCUUUCUCUUAUAUGAGUACUUGGUUGUUUUUUAAAGGUCAGACUAUUUACCAGAUAUGCCAUUGCCUAAGGCAUAAGAUUACUAAGCACUAUUGUUCUAUCCUUUCCAUUUGAUGCACUGAGUCACAGUAAAUUCUUUUCUUCUCUUGGUUUCAUAGCAAAAGCACUUAUCUCUUUCCAGUACAGCUAGCUUUUCCUCGCAAGUAUCUGCAAAUUGCUAUUCUUUUCAGAGUCAAAAAGUAAAUGGUGUGAGAGAGCUGAGGUAUUAAGACUUGUGUUUUUAAAAAUAUUCCAUUUGUUGUUGUUAAACUGGCCAGUGGAGGGAAAGUUUUACAAUGUUUAAGGGUCAACAUUUUUCAAGUGUUCCAAGGUCUCUGAUCUAUAACUAAGACAGACCCCCAACUGCAUACCAUAAGAAACAGACAGGAAAUAGCUCCUUCUCCUGCCAGUGGUAAUGUUUCCUUAAAGAUGAUCUAUGUUACCAUUGUACUCUGCCUCCCUAGAUCACAACCCUGAAGUCAGUAACUUGGUGAAUAUGCAAUGUCACAUGCCUGUGGUGGCUACUUAAGUGAUGUUACUUUCCUACAGUGUGAAUGACUGCCUGUGUGGGAAGGAGAACCACAGUUGCUGUUUUUAAGAGUAGUGGCAGAUUGUAACAAGAUUUCUGCUAUGCAAGCACCUCCUGUCUUUGCUGGUCAGGUGCUUGUGUGGAUAUAUUAAUGUCAGAAGUAUUUAGGCAAACACAAGACUGACUGCAAAUCCCAUGAUUUAAUUUAUAUAAGUGGAGCAUCAAAUUAUCAAAGUAAAGACAACUUCCAAAAGUAAAGACAGUUUUCAUUUCUCCACCUAAUUUAGGACAUGUUAAAUACCCAUAAAUUUUGCAAGCUGCUUUUCUACCUAAAGCCUCUACCACUGAGGACUUCUGGCAUCUGCCCCCCCCCACAACUGGUUAGAUUAAAUCAGUGUGAUGCUAUUAAUAAUUCCUGUAGUACAGUAUCUGUUUGGAGUUAUCUGAAUCUUGAUUUCUCAACCAGAAAUUGUCUGGAACACAGAGGAAUCUUGUGGAAUUUCUCAUUUUUUCAUCUCGUCUACAUGCACUGGGUUUAUAUUGUGGUAGGACAGAUAAUACUGGCUUUUAAAUUUUGCAUUAUAGUAACAACUGUUUCAAUAAAAUACUAGUCAUCUGAAAAAGAUAGCACUCCACACUUAGACUUAGGGUAUAGAUACAAAACGUUUCAUUCUGCUGUAGUCUUUUCUUAGGAGAAUCAGAAUCAAAUGUAAAAAUGUUUCUGUCCAGAAAUACAGAUAUCUGUCCAUAUCUCGGGGUGUGUCUGUGUGCGGCCUGUUUCCCCAAAAAUAAGACCUAGUAUGAUUUUUCAG